AAAGUCCCUCCCACUAGAAAAAGUUCCAGCUACAAAUACACAGGAUUGUUCAUAGCUGCAGGGAGUCAAUGCUCAGAACUUUAGAGAGUCAAUGUAAGGAGUCAGGGCUGUGCUUAGUACUCAGUACUCGACAGUGAUUUUGAGAGUUAAUACGCUGUUCUGUAUGGGUCAACAGCUUUAGCGAGUCAAUGUGCAGCUUAAUUUGCCAUGCUUCUAGGUGCCAGUCUGGGUUAACGCAACAUCUCCUCUUUUAUUGAAUGGCAUCUGUUGUGGGCAAACAUGCCCACAGAAGCGACUUGGUACGAGUGCUACAAGAUGAUCAGCUACAGACCCCUCAACAUGUGGACCGGAUGAAGAGAAACAGCGGAGACCCUUACUGGUCGAGGUUGGAGACCCGUGUCUGGACCGCAGCUCUUCUGAUGGGAACAUGCCUCCUCUACUGUGCCCGGGCCAGCAUGCCAAUUUGUGCGGUGUCAAUGAGUGGGUUCUUUGGCUGGGACAAGCGGCAAUCUGGAGUGGCCCUUGGCAGCUUCUUCUGGGGGUACUGUGUAACCCAGGUGUUAGGGGGACAUCUGAGUGACAAAGUGGGUGGAGAGAAGGUUAUUCUCUUAUCGGCUCUGUCCUGGGGCUUCAUCACAGCAGUGACCCCUCUGGCUGCCCACAUGACCAGAGACCCCCUCCUCUUGAUCAGUCUUCUACGCUUUCUAAUGGGACUUCUGCAAGGCGUCCACUUUCCUGCUCUGGCAAGUCUAUUUUCUCAGAGGGUUCGGGAUAAUGAGCGAGCGUUCACCUGCAGCGCUGUGGGCUGUGGUUCCCAGCUUGGGACACUGUUGAUCGGUGGGGUCGGCUCGGUGUUGUUGGAGUGGUACGGCUGGGAAUCUGUUUUCUAUUUUGCUGGGUUUCUCACCUUAAGCUGGGGAUAUUGUCUGAGUACCUAUCUACUAAAGGAAAGAGAGAGAAUUCUCACUUUUGAAGAGCUGGGGAAGGGUUUCUCAUUGUCUGCGCAAACCAGCGUGCCCUGGAGACGCUUAUUUAAAAAGGCACCUGUUUGGGCAGUGAUUAUCGCCCAGCUCAGUGUGGCCAGCACCUCAUUUACUCUGUUUUCGUGGGUUCCAACAUUCUUCAAGGAGCGGUUCCCGGACGCCAAGGGUUGGGUAUUUAAUGUUGUACCAUGGCUUGUCGCCAUCCCAUCGGCUAUUUUCAGUGGGCUCUUGUCUGACUACCUCAUCACACAAGGUUAUAAAACUAUCUGGGUCCGGAAGCUCAUGCAGUUUUUUGGAAUGGGGGUCUCCAGCCUCUUCGUCUUCUGCUUGGCUCACACAAACAGUUAUUGUCAGGCUAUUGUGUUUGCAUCCGUGGCAGUGGGACUACAAACGUUUAACCACAGUGGUAUAACGGUCAAUGUUCAGGAUCUUGCCCCGUCCUGUGCUGGCUUCCUUUUUGGUGUGGCUAACACAGGAGGAGCGUUACUUGGUGUAGUUUGGGUCUAUCUCUCUGGUUACCUCAUAGAGACCACUGGUUCCUGGGGUCCCAUGUUCCAUCUGGUGGUUGCUGUGAAUGUGUUGGGUUUAAUUGUGUUUUUGGAGUUUGCCAAAUCUGAGAGAAUGGACAUUGAAACGAUCCACAUCUAACUGGGCAAGGUCAAAUGGAGAAGUUAUAAUUAAUCAAGACCAGGUGGAUCUGCAGAACAUUCAUGGCACCAAGGUUCCGUAAGGCCCCAGAGGUGCAUUGCCACUUCUGCACCUUGCUACUAUUGUUAAUGGGCUAGUAUAAUGUCAUCAGAUGUAUUUAUUUCCGGAUCCUGCAAAAUGUGUAUUCAUAAUCCUGUUAUGUAACUGUUUACAUGUAAUGUGCCUGGUCUGCCAGCAGGUGGCAGCAAACAUGGCAGAGCUACAGGUACAGAGAAUGGAGCUUUUCCUUCCAUUCUAACACCCCCUCUGUGGUGUGGUGGGCGUGUCCCACUUGCUGCAGGAAGGGUGGAGUUCUAGUGAGAGUUAGUUCAGUUCAGCUUACCCCUUCCUAGGGGAAAGGUCGAGUGGAGAGUACCCCCUGCUAGGGGAAGGAAGCAGGAGCCCGUCCCUACUGGAUGAGCCCUGCCUUGGUCAGCUUGAGCACCUUCAGCUCAGCUGGACCUGGAGGCCACAGCAAGAAGCCUCAGAAACCAGGAAUAAAGUGUUCCCUGGACAAAGCUAGAGACAGACCAGAUUAAAAAGUGAAGUUCAGCCUAAAGAGGAAGCAGAGUUCUAUAGCUAUCCUGUUAGCACAGCAGAGCCAGAGAGAAACAGACGUAGCAGAGAGGAGUUUGCCUGCCACAGUUAAUGCCAAAGCCUGCUGGAAAUCAAGACAAAGUCUGUAAAUCGU